AUGUUCUUUGAGAUGUAUCCGAGUCUUGUGGCUUUAUCUUUUGAAUGUGAACUUCCCAAUAAAUAUGUUGGUAAAAGUAAGGGUAAAAGUCGACUUUUCAGAUGCAAAAUCAAUGAUUUCAGAGUCCGUGGAAAUGAGCCACCAAUGAAUCUUAAAGAGUCGAGAAACUUGCUAAUGAGGAGUCUAAAAUCCCGUGGAAGAGCAGGAAGGCAGGGGGAUCCUGGAUCUACACGAUUUAUGGUGAGUUUACAGGAUGAAAUGUUUCAAAAGUUCAAUUUUGAUACUGAGUGGGCAGUGAAACUUAUCUCAAGGAUUACUAAUGAUGAAGAUAUACCAAUUGAAGGUGAUGCGAUUGUAAAACAGCUUUUAGCACUGCAAAUAAAUGCGGAGAAGUACUUCUUUGGCAUAAGAAAAAGCCUGGUUGAGUUUGAUGAAGUAUUAGAGGUACAAAGGAAACAUGUGUAUGACCUUAGGCAAUUGAUUUUAACAGGUGACAAUGAAAGUUGUUCCCAACACAUAUCACAGUGAGUACACUUCAGUGACUAUCUUUGGUUAUUAUCUUUUUAUUAUGUGUUAAAGCUUCUUAGUUUAUUUUAUAGAUAUAAAACAUGCAUUUGUAUCUAUUAUAUAUAUAUAUAUAUAUAUUAAACUUCCAGUGAUAUUGAAAUAAUUGAAAGUUUUGUAAAUUUGAGAUACACUUUACUUGGGUGUGCACUUUUUUUGCGCCUUGCUCCUUAGGCGAGUGCACAUUUAGCCUUUGAUUACCGUGGCUCACACUGUUGGCAUACCAGUGCAAUCAUGUAGACUCGGUAUUCCAUGGUGAAAUAUGAGAGGAAAUGGAUGUGAGUAAUUUCCCGU